UACAAACCUAAUAUUCAAGAAAUGCACCCUAAUUUAUCCCGGGCUAGCUUCAAUGAUCCAAUUGCUAACACAAAACCAAACUUUCCAAACACUAUAAAUCAGCAAAAUUUAAACAAAGUCAACUAUAAAGAUAAUAACAGAUUGAUGAAAUACCACAUCGUAGAUCCUGAGAUGUUUAUUCAAAAAUAAAGAGGUUAUUUCCAAAAUAAAAUCAGCAUCUACACGUUCGACCAAAAAUCCACAAAGCAAUAGUAAUGAGGAAUCAAACAUUGAAACCGGGAGGAUAGCUCAGAAAAAUGUAAUACCUAACUCAUCUCAAAGGUCAAAGAAAAUAAAGGUCACUUCCUCUAAGGUCAAAUUAAAGACGCCUAAAACUGCUCGAUGCAAAGCUUAUGUCCAAGACCUGGAUAUUCACCGAAAGCCUUCUAAGAAAGCAAUAGUUCCUCCAAACAAGUACUCUGCCGACCUCCAGCCUGUCUUUACAAGCACAUUACUAAAAUCUCAUCUAAAUUCUCAAGAAAUGAACAAUUUUCAAAGAGAACACAAAACUGUGGAACAGAAGCGGAUAAUAACUUAUGAGAUUCCUUUAGAAGUAGACACGCAGAGAAAGAAUAAAAGGACUGUAAAAACCCCGCUUUUUAAAAGCACACUUUCAAGGCCAGUUAGCCAGUCAAGCAAUUACUCCAAGAAGAUCAAAAGACAGUAUUCUGAAUCUAUGUUGAAUAAAUAUGAGAAGGCAAAAUAAUCCUGCUUGUAGCAGCCACUUGAUGAACUUUAAAUAAGUAUCUAAAAGAUAAACAUAUUUUGAACUGCAAAAGAAUGAAGAUUACUCAUCCGAAGACCAAAGCCAACCAGGAGUUUAGUGCUACUAGAAAUAAAAGGUUAAAGGAUAAGAAAGUUGGGAGAGACACUAAAAGUAUCACAGACAAUCUUAUAGUUGAACAACCUAGAAGACCAAUGACCCAAAGAUCAGAUACGAAACUUAAGACAGCUGAUUUAGGCGUCUGUAUUGAUCAACCAUUUGGGACCUCUUCAUACCAGGAGGAUAUUCUAUUAAAUGAAAAAUAUAACCAGUUCACAUUUUAUAAGAGUAAAGCUUUUGCUCCUGAAAACUUGAGUGGAAUCUUCAGAAAAAUUGAGAAUAUGGAGAAUUAUUUCCAAAAUAAGACAUGAUCUUAUUCGAAAAAUGAUAAUUUCAAUGUAAUUAGUACUAAAAACAAAGAGUCUGUCAGCCAGAAUUCUGGCACAACUUAUGCGCCAAUAAAAACGAAAAAUGUAGUUAGCUUACCUGGCUCUCCUGAUGAUGUCAAGGAUGCAAAAUAUAUUAAAGCAAGGACAAGGUAUAAGGUUCCAAAGAACUCAGGCCUUGGAAUGUGGAUCAUGAAGAAAGAGUCAAACUCUUUAAUAUCUACAAUGACUGAUUUCAUAAAAAGGCGAACAAUAAAGUCUCAAUCUAAACCUAAAAGAAAGUUAAAUUUUGAUGGAUUUGCUCCACAAGGAACAGAAGAUCCCUUUAAUUUCCUCGAAUCCCUUGCAAGUGAUACACAGAGAAUUAGUAAAGUAGCAAGGGACCGGACCCGAACUAUUUAUAAAAAGAAAGCUAGGAAGAGAUCUCCUGACUCUACUUCUAAAAUUUCUCCAGAGUUGAAGAAAAAGGAGGGUCUCUUCUGCCUUAAAGGUAACAACUGACUAAAUACAGGCAUGAAAAUAAGUAAUUUAGAGCAAUAAAUUUUUCAAAAUU